AUGCAAGCACCUGCAAGACCUCCUCGUGCAGCCCCACCACCACCAUCCGCACGCUCGCCACCCGCACCUUUUGUCCAACAGUCGAUCUCGAGGCCGUUGCCUAAUCCAUACCCGCGCCCGUUCGAUGGAGGAAGGGGACCGUUUCAUGCUGUCAACACGACCCCAAUGCCUGUUAACGAGCUCGGAGGUGCGAAUGGAAGAGGCACGGACGGAUAUUUCGCCAUCGACCGUGGGCCCGGUCUGUCCCCCCUCCAGAAUCAUUUCCGCACCGACCUGGGGUCGGGAUCGAACGGAGGAGGGUCAUCGACCGCACUUGGGGGCACACAGCUCAGACCGAAGAAGAAGUCUGUGGUGAACAGGUUCUUGAAGGGCGUAAGGAGGUUGCCGAGCUCAGUGUUUGGGUAUGGAGUCGGGGUGGGGAAGAGGAGUGGGACGAUCACGACAGCGCCGGGGGUGGUGUUUGGGUCGGGGACGGAGGGGAGUACGACGGAGUAUGGGGAGGAGAGGAGGGAGAGGGAUGGUUUUGGAAGGGACGAGCAUGAGGAGGACCUCGAGACACUCCCGCAGUAUGCGUCGCAGGCGUCGACGCCGCAGGUGGACGUCUUGGCAAGCGUCGGAGAAGCCACCGAUGCCGGAUGUUCGGCACCAGUAAUCGCGGGUACCGGAAUCCCACCGCCCUCAGAGCCCGAUACACACACGAACGACGAGCCUCAACACCACAGCCAGGAUCAAUUCGACUCUCCUGAGGAACGGACGACGUACAUGGUGUACGACCAAUCUUUCAACCCCGAGAGAGAUAGGGAUGUAGGGAGGGAGUACAGCCGGUACUCUGGACCACCACUCCCGCCCCUUCCAACCGUCUCGACUUACACAAGUAAUCUGCCGAAUAGGACCCCGCCUCCGGUGGUCUCGCGCCUAAGCAACGAAAACCACACGGAUGAUCCGCCCCCAGCAGCUAAUCCGGUAUCUCUGCAUCCUGUGAGGCCGUUGUCCUUCCAAAGCGGAACACAAAGGAGCUCGGUUACGGAGACAGCGACGGUAAAUGCGAACACAAACAGAAACAUUCGCGUGUCGAGUGCGUCACAAGCUACGCAACAUGCUCCUCAACUCCCACUUCCAUGGAGAACAACACCUGCGGCGUUGAUACCGAGUGCAAUUCGCAUGCCUACGCCCCCUCCACCAUCUACCACGCCUCUUCCUCCUGUCGACGCUCCUCCUGCGAUCACGACAGGCAUUCCACCUGCCGCAGGAUGCAUCCACGAGCCCGACACACCCGUCUCCGUCCAGCCCCAGCCCGCGUCCGACUACGCCAAGAUGGGUCCUCCCUCCUUCCGCUCCCAACCGUCCCACCAUUCCCAUUCCCACCACCACUCACACCACGCCCAUUCUGAUGGCGGAUUCACCGGAACCCGGACACGAACACCAAGCAUCAGUGGGACGUCCUUCUCCUCUGAUCCUUCGUUCUCGUCGCAGCUCUCCCCUGUGGAGAGGUUCUUCAAGGUCCUCUACCACAUGCCGUGGAUCUCGCACGAUCGUGUCACUGUGGACUACACGCCCGGGGUCGGGGUCGGCGUGCUUAGCGGCUUUCGAGUGGGUGGGAAGGGUUUGAGGGUGAAGGCAUGGGCGGGGAUUAGAGAUGGAAGCAAGGGCGAACGCGAGAGAGAGAAGAAGCAGAUGGGUGCAAGGAAGAACAAGACGUGGUAUCCUUCCCUGAUGCGGCGCUCGCAGAGGAGCAGUUCGGGUUUGGAUUUGCUGAGCAGCGAGGCGUCGAAGAGGAGCGUGCUCGGCCUGACGUUUGAUCAUCAAGGGGCGGCGAGAAAGCAGGCAAAUCGACACCGCCAUAGUCACCACCAUCACUGGCAUUCGCAUGCGCAUCGACGGCGAGCUAGGCACGGGCAUGGGCAUGCGUCGCACCACCACCAUCACCACGGCCAGCGACAUAAGAGGAGAAGACAGACGACGACGACGCUCGACACGGGCAUCACAGGGACGACGGACGCGACGUCGCUCGUACCGCCGAUGUUCCCGUACGUCUUCCCGGCGUAUUCUAUGAACUAUGCGGCGAUGCCCAUGCCCAUGGCGCCAGCAGCAAAUGCUGCACCUCCUGCUGGUCCAGGUGGUCCUCCGACGCAGCUUCUUCCACCUGGACACCCUGCCCCGUCUCACCCCCCAACGCCAAUCCCAACGCCAACAUCCAGCCUCCUCCCGCGAACGCAAACUCUAGCACUCCCGCACCUACGCAUGCUAUGA